UGAAAAGCUUUUUCUCUGUUAGAAUGUGAAAAUCGCGCGCCUAAAACGAAACGUCCGUCAAUCUCGGGUGUGAAUAAUUUCUUUCAUAAUUUUUAAACGGCUUCAUAAAACUGCCAGCAAAAUGCCAGAAUCCGAACUAAAAGAGAGUUCCUCAUAUUUAAAGCGUGCCAGUACUGACAAAUUGCGAGAAGUAUUCGUAAAAUACGCAUCGUUGCAGAAGAAUGGUGAACAAUACAUGACAAGUGAAGAUUUUGUUCGAAAAUACUUGGGACUGUUUUCAGAUGUUGCAUUUAACGAUGAGUCAGUUCGCCUAUUAGCUGGUAUUGCUGACACUAGCAAAGAUGGUCUCAUUUCAUUUUCAGAGUUUCAAGCUUUCGAAGGACUACUUUGCACUCCAGAUGCUCUUUAUAAAACUGCUUUUCAGUUAUUUGAUCGCCAGGGAAAUGGCACAGUUUCAUAUGAUGACUUUGCUGAUGUUGUUCAAAAAACUGAACUACACUCUAAAGUUCCUUUUAGCUUAGAUAGUCCAUUCAUUAAACGUUAUUUUGGAGAGAAAAAGCAACGUCUUAUUAACUAUGCCGAAUUUACUCAACUACUGCAUGAUUUUCAUGAAGAAUAUGCAAUGGAAGCGUUCCGAAGUAAAGAUCCAGCUGGUUCUGGAUACAUAUCUCCACUUGAUUUCCAAGACAUCAUGAUCAAAGUGAAAAAGCAUUUACUCACCGCUGAAGUUAAGGACAAUUUAGUUGCGGUAACGGAAGGUCACAAAGUAAGCUUCCCGUAUUUUAUGGCAUUUACAUCAUUACUUAAUAAUAUGGAAUUGAUUAAACGUAUCUAUCUGCAUGCUACUCAAGGGAGUCGAACCGAGCCUGUCACUAAAGAUGAGCUUCUUUAUGCCGCACAAACAAUGAGUCAAAUUACACCCUUGGAAAUAGAUAUUUUAUUUCAAUUGACGGGAGCAUUACAUCAGUCUGGACGUAUUGUAUACAGUGACCUUAACAAUAUAGCACCCGAACAUUAUACAAAACAUAUCACAACACGCCUGGCGGAAAUUAAAGCAGUCGAGAGCCCUGCUGACCGUUCAGCAUUUAUACAAAUAUUAGAAAGCACUUAUCGCUUUACUCUUGGUUCUUUCGCUGGAGCCGUGGGUGCCACUGUAGUAUAUCCGAUUGACUUGGUAAAAACACGAAUGCAGAAUCAACGUACGGGCUCAUUUAUAGGCGAAAUAGCUUAUAGAAAUUCCUGGGAUUGUUUUAAAAAGGUUGUACGUCACGAAGGUGUUUUAGGUCUAUAUAGAGGUUUACUACCUCAAUUGAUGGGUGUUGCGCCAGAAAAAGCUAUUAAACUUACUGUUAAUGAUUUCGUACGUGAUAAAUUUACUGACAAACAAGGCUUAAUUUCAGUUUAUGCUGAAAUUUUUGCUGGCGGUUGCGCUGGAGCAUCACAAGUUGUUUUCACCAAUCCUCUAGAAAUUGUUAAAAUAAGGUUACAAGUAGCUGGUGAAAUCGCAGGUGGAGCAAAAGUACGUGCAUUAUCAGUUGUGCGAGAUUUAGGGCUUUUUGGUUUGUAUAAAGGGGCUCGAGCAUGUUUAUUGCGAGAUGUUCCAUUUUCUGCCAUUUAUUUUCCAACUUAUGCCCAUACAAAAUCACUAUUUGCGGACGAGGAUGGAUAUAAUCAUCCACUUACGUUAUUAGCCGCAGGUGCUAUUGCCGGCGUACCAGCGGCAUCACUUGUUACCCCAGCUGAUGUUAUUAAAACUCGUUUACAAGUAGUCGCUAGAACUGGACAAACUACAUACUCAGGGGUAUGGGAUGCAACUAAAAAAAUUAUGAGUGAGGAAGGUCCUAGGGCAUUUUGGAAAGGAACGGCUGCACGUGUAUUUCGUUCAUCACCACAAUUUGGUGUAACAUUAGUUACUUAUGAAUUACUUCAACGUAUGUUUUAUGUUGAUUUUGGAGGAAAACAACCUGCCGGAUCUGAAAUACUCAAAUCUAAACCUGUUGAUAUACCACUCAUUCACAGCAUGAAUGUUGAUCAUAUCGGCGGUUAUCGUGCGGCUGUUCCUAUGCUCAAUGGAAUAGAAUCAAAAUUUGGACUGUUUCUUCCAAGAUUUGGUUGCCCAAUUCCAACAACCCCAAUUUCUCAGACAGGCUCAUGAUGAUAGCUAUUAUGUUUCAGUAUCAACUUAGUUAAAAUAGUUUAAAGUAGAUUCAUUUUAUUUACCAUGUAUUUUGCCAGCGUAAAUUAUGUAAAAAUUUUAAAA